CACACCCGGCGCGCACAGACACACGCGCUCCCUCCCUCCGGCGCUCUGCCCCUCGCCCGCCCGCCGCGCACGCAGCCGGCCCCGGCUCCCCGCGUCCCGCCGCCGCCGCCGCCGAGCGAAGCGGGGCUGGGCUUGGAGCUGCUCAUGGAGAAAGUGCCGGGCGAGAUGGAGACGGAGCGCAGGGAGCGCGGCGAGGAGCUGUCGGAGGCGGAGAGGAAGGCGGUGCAGGCGACGUGGGCCCGGCUGUAUGCCAACUGCGAGGACGUAGGGGUGGCCAUCCUGGUGAGGUUCUUCGUGAACUUCCCCUCGGCCAAGCAGUACUUCAGCCAGUUCAAGCACAUGGAGGAGCCACUGGAGAUGGAACGGAGCCCGCAGCUGCGGAAGCAUGCCUGCCGGGUCAUGGGGGCCCUCAACACCGUCGUGGAGAACCUGCACGACCCCGACAAGGUGUCCUCUGUGCUGGCGUUGGUGGGCAAGGCCCACGCCCUCAAGCACAAGGUGGAGCCCGUGUACUUCAAGAUCCUCUCUGGGGUUAUCCUGGAGGUGGUUGCAGAGGAGUUUGCCAAUGACUUCCCGCCGGAGACGCAGAGAGCCUGGGCCAAGCUGCGAGGCCUCAUCUACAGUCAUGUGACCGCUGCCUACAAGGAAGUGGGCUGGGUACAGCAGGUCCCCAACGCCAGCACCCCACCGGCCACACUGCCCUCCUCGGGGCCCUAGGACCCUCUCCACCUCCCCCCUUCCUGGCAGUUUCUUGAGCAGAAGGCUGAGUUCGGAAGAUCCUCCUCGACCCUCCGUUUCUGGGUGCCAAGGAAGCGGAGGGGGCCUCCGCUGUGGCCGCUGUCCCCCAUCCCCACCCCACCUGGAGCUGCGGGGAGGUGGCGGCCUAGAUGCUAACCGCGGGGCGGGUGGGGACCCCUCCACCUUGCACAGCCGGGCCCGCUCUUUGCUUUUCUACUCUGAUCUGGCUGGCGGCCAGCAGGAACCGGGACCAGUGAACUACCCCAUGUCCGCCUGCCGGCCGUCACUAGCGCAUCACGCACACACCAUAUAUACAGAGAUAUUCUAUAUGCAGCCUCUCUAUAUAAAUAUAUAUAAUAUAUAUGCACACAGACAUACUUAUCCUCUAUCUGCCCACCUCCCGGUGGGGCCGGCACCACAGCAUGGGACCGGGCAGCGUUAGGGUCAGGUCACCUAUGCUUGUCCGGUCAUUCCCCAUGGGGGACCCAGCUCCCUACAGUCCUGCUCUCGACUUUAAAGCAAAAAACAAAUCGGUCCCUCCUCCAAAGGAUUAGGUUCACUGCCUUGGCUUAGCACGGUCAAGGGCAGAUGGGGGGCACCCUGAAGCUCUGGGCUGAAGAGGGAGCACGUGGCUGAGGUGGGGCCUCAGUAGAGACACCUCCACUGCCAGCAUCACCCAGGGCGCUGCAGGCUGUCCAGCAGGGGGCAGAGCUGCAGGCCCGGACAAUGCCUGGGGUCCUGCCAGGCCUCUGCAGCAGGUAGCUGGGCACCCCUCGCCGCCCCUCUAGUCUCCAUGUGACCCCUGGUCUCGCGUGUCAUCUCCCGGGAUGUCUGCCACCGUGACCACCGUUCCUGUGUCCCUCCGUGCCGUCCUGAAGCCGUCAUCCAUGUGACCGCCUGUCCCCUGUCCUGGUCUGCCUUGUUUGUAGCCGGACUCCCGGGUCAUUAAACAGACCGU